CUAUCCGGUGUGUAUGACAAUAAAACAUCAUGUUUUUUUUAAUUCAGUUUAAUCUUUACAUAAGAGAGAAAACAUGUAGCUCGCCAAAGUAAUACAGACAGAGAUGUUUAAUUAUAUGAUGAAGGAAAAUCUCCUUGUGUGUUUUGCAGCUGACAUGAAAAGAAUGAUGACCCCCCCGAGCGAUGACAGUGACGUAAGCGAUCAGCGCCAACCCAUGAAGACACGCUGCGCUGGUGGCCAGGGAGGAGACAGCCCCGGCAUGGACCCGAAAAAAUGGAUCACCUUCAAAGACCUCCAUGACCGGGUCACACAGCUGCUCUCCACUAAGCUCAACCCCUGUAACAUCAAGCAGUGCAAGUCCAAACUGGACAUCCUCAAUAAGUGCUCCUAUUACCUGGAGGUCAUGCGCCAGGACACACUCCACCAACCAGACCAGCAGCAGAACUACCUGUCCAACUCCACCAUCCUCCACCUCAUCGAUCCCUGGAAGUUCCAGCGGAUGAAGAAGCUGGGCCACAGCCAGGUGCAGAUCCAGCUGAGCCUGCUGGAAGAGCUCUACGAGCAGUUCUGUAAGGGCAAAGUGGAAAUGGAGGCCAUAGCCAGCCAGAGCGUCUAUGGCGAUCAAGAGGUCGAACACAUAAAUGGGAGGAUAGCGCAUCUCAUUAAGGCGUUCACGGACUUUGACUCGACACUGAUGCCCGGGGAGCUGCACACAAAGCACCGGCUCAUCUCCGAGACGGGAAACGCUAAGGUACCCCAGAUCCAUUUGAGGCUGUCCGUCAAAAUGCCCGUGAUGUUCGACACGUCACGCUCGGAGGCUCUGGCCGACUGCGCCCGGCUGCACUGGGAAAUGGCCGGGCAGGAGCAGCAGGAGCCUGGGGAACAGUUUGAGAUCCGCUACAAGCUCCUCCAGCCGACCAACACGGAGGAAGGGAACCAGCUAGGAACGGUGACCUGCAACUCCUACUGCAUACAGGUCAACAACCUGUUGCCGCAAAGGUGCUACGAGUUCACAGUGAAGCGGGCUGACGCCUGCUGCCUGGUCUACGGGUUCUGGAAUGACACCAUGGUGCUCAGAACCAUGCCACUAUCCCCAGGGGGCUUCACCGGGAGCCAGGAGAAGAGGAGGAGGCUGUUCCCCUGGUAAAGGGCUAGCGUGGCAUGAGUGCAUAGCAAUAUGAAAAUAAAGACAUUUUAAUUUUUUUUAUCUCUCUAAUAAAAGACAUUGUCAAGAUUUUGGGGAUUCGAGCCUAGUCCUUUAAUCAUGAUACAGAGCAAAACAAAUAUUGUCCUUGAGAAUGUGUCUGAUAUGUUGUUAUGGCAUUGUUAUGUCUGCCACCUAGCCAUAUGGCCAUACCAGACAUAACUGUGGAGAGAGUGAAGAAGGUUUUUCAUUUCCAAUAGCAGCAUAAACAUGGACAUUUCAAUAUAAUAGUGGAUGUCCAUAAUUAUGGCGGCUCCCAUGCACUUGUCACAAAUGCCUUGUUCGCCGUAUUGUACAUUGAUCUCUUUUUUGCAUUGUCUUUAGCAGAGUAAACUACAUGAUCCCAAUUUUAGCUCCAAGACCGUGGAAUUAAAUAAAAAGGAUACAGUAUAUUGGCGUAUUGAACCAUGUUGUGCACCAUAGUUUCAUAACUCUGUGGAUUUUGCUAAAACAAUGAAGUCAUAUCUGAAUCCCACUAUCUUUACGCAAUUUUGCCAUUGCAGAUGAAAUACAUUGUUGAUACUUUGCGUUCGAGCAGUGCUUUGACGGUGAAGUAAACACGUUUUUUUGUGCACUUUGUGUGGUAUAGCAUCUCUGUGGUCAGGGUUACUCACAAUCAAACAAUCUGAUGUUUAACGUAAUACACUGUUUAACUUAAUACACUGUUUAACGUAAUACACUGUUUAACUUAAUACACUGAUGUUUCACGUAAUACACUGCUGUUUAACUUAAUACACUGUUUAACUUAAUACACUGUUUAACGUAAUACACUGUUUAACUUAAUACACUGUUUAACUUAAUACACUGCUGUUUCACGUAAUACACUGUGGUUAUGCAAUCAUAUAGGUUAUUAUUGUACUAACAAUGACCUAUAUUAAUUGGGUAACUAAUGACUAUGACCAGCUCGCCCAGCUACUCACUGGACCCAAUGAUAACUUGGUUACGUAUGCCUCUCCCUAAUGUCAAUAUGCCUUGUCCAUUGCUGUUUUGGUUAGUAAUUAUUGCCUUAUUUCACUGUAGGGCUUCUAGCCCUGCUCAAUACUCCUUAGCUAACCCUUUAGUUCCACCUCCCACACAUGCGGUGACCUCACCUGGUUUAAAUUAUGUUUCUAGAGACAAUAUCUCUCUCAUCGUCACCCAAUGCAUAGGUUUACCUCCACUGUAUUCACAUCCUACCAUACCUUUGUCUGUACAUUAUGCCUUGAAUCUAUUCUACCGUGCCCAGAAACCUGCUCCUUUUACUCUCUGUCCCGAACGUUCUAGAUGACCAGUUCUUAUAGCCUUUAGCUGUACCCUUAUCCUACUCUUCCUCUGUCCCUCUGGUUAUGUAUAGGUUAAUCCAGGCCCUGCAGUGCCUAGCUCCACUCCCAUUCCCCAGGCGCUCUCAUUUGUUGACUUCUGUAACCGUAAAAGCCUUGGUUUCAUGAAUGUUUACAUUAGAAGCCUCCUCCCUAAGUUUGUUUUAUUCACUGCCUUAGCACACUCUGCCAACCCGGAUGUCCUAGCCGUGUCUGAAUCCUGGUUUAGGAAGACCACCAAAAACCCUGAAAUUUCCAUUCCUAACUAUAAAAUUUUCCAACAAGAUAGAACUGCCAAAGGGGGCAGAGUUGCAAUCUACUGCAGAGAUAGCAUACAGAGUUCUGUCUUACUAUCCAGGUCUGUGCCCAAACAAUUUGAGCUUCUACUUUUAAAAAUCCACCUUUCCAGAAACAAGUCUCUCACCGUUGCCGCUUGCUAUAGACCCCCCUCAGCCCCCAGCUGUGCCCUGGACACCAUAUGUGAAUUUAUUGCCCCCCAUCUAUCUUCAGAGUUUGUACUGUUAGAUGACCUAAAAUGGGACAUUCUUAACACCCCGGCCGUCCUACAAUCUAAGCUUGAUGCACUCAAUCUCACACAAAUUAUCAAUGAACCUACCAGGUAUAACCCCAAAUCUGUAAACACGGGCACCCUCAUAGAUAUCAUCCUAACAAACCUGCCCUCCAAAUACACCCUAGCUGUCUUCAAUCAGGAUCUCAGCGAUCACUGCCUCAUUGCCUGUGUCCGUAAUGGGUCUGCGGUCAAACGACCACCCCUCAUCACUGUCAAACGCUCCAGCGAGCAGGCCUUUCUUAUCGACACUUCAGCGAGCAGGCCUUUCUAAUCGACCUAGCCCAGGUAUCCUGGAAGGAUAUUGACCUCAUUCCGUCAGUAGAGGAUGCCUGGUUAUUCUUUAAAAGUGCUUUCCUCACCCUCUUAAAUAAACAUGCCCCAUUCAAUUUUUUUAACCAGGAACACUCCAGACCUGACUGCCCUUGACCAGCACAAAAACACCCUGUGGCUUUCUGCAUUAGCAUUGAAUAGCCCCCGCGAUAUGCAACUUUUCAGGGAAGCUACGGAGCAAUAUACACAGGCAGUUAGGAAAGUAAAGGCUAGCUUUUUCAAACAGAAAUGUGCAUCCUGUAGCACAAACUCCAAAAAGUUCUGGGACAUUGUAAAGUCCAUGGAGAAUAAGAGCACCUCCUCCCAGCUGCCCACUGUACUGAGGCUAGGAAACACUGUCACCACCGAUAAAUCACGCGCUCGCGCUCCAGCAGGUAUACCUCACUGGUCACCCCCAAAGCCAAUUCCUACUUUGGCCACCUUUCCUUCCAGUUCUCUGCUGCCAAUGACUGGAACGAACUGCAAAAAUCACUGAAGCUGGAGACUCAUAUCUCCUUCACUAACUUUAAGCACCAGCUGUCAGAGCAGCUCACAGAUCACUGCACCUGUAUAUAGCCCAUCUGUAAAUAGUCCAUCCAACUACCUCAUCCCCAUACUGUUAUUUAUUUUAUUUAUUUUGCUCCUUUGCACCCCAGUAUCUCUACUUGCACACUCAUCUUCUGCACAUCUAUCACUCCAGUGUUUAAUUGCUAUAUUGUAAUUAUUUCACCACUAUGGCCUAUUUAUUGCCUUUACCUCCCUUAUCCUACCUCAUUUCCACACACUGUAUAUACAGUAGACUUUUCCUAUUGUAUUAUUGACUGCAUGUUUGUUUAUUCCAUGUUUAACUGUGUGUUGUUGUAUGUGUCGCACUGCUUUGCUUUAUCUUGGCCAGGUCGCAGUUGUAAAUGAGAACUUGUUCUCAACUAGCCUACCUGGUUAAAUGAAGGAGAGAAAAAAAAGAAUAAAUAAAAAUGAGCAGUAGGGAUUGAUUCUCCGCUAACAAAUGGAAAAUGCUAAUAUUUAUAAUGUGUUUAUCUACGAAAACACGUGUGAGGCCUUAGUAAGCCCUAGACAAAACAAUGUAUGCAUCCCAAAUGGCACCCUAUUCCAUAUAGCACUCUAUUCCCUAUACUAUUCCCUAUAGCACUCUAUUCCCUAUAGCACUCUAUUCCCUAUACUAUUCCCUAUAGCACUCUAUUCCCUAUACUAUUCCCACUCUGGCACUCCAGAUUGAAUUUACGAACGCACCCUUAAGCUGAACAUGCCAUUAUUGUACUAAGAAUGACCUAUAUUAAUUGGGUAACUAAUGACUAUGACCAAUGAUAACCAACCAAUAACAAUUCUUAUGAGGCCUUAAGAACCCAAACUUUCAUAACCAGCAUAAUACAGAAAACACUAACACUUAGAAACAAAAGCAACAUGUACAGGUAUGCUGAGACAGAAGAGCAAAUUGUCUAAAAUAGGCAGAAAGCAAUAUAAAUGUGAUGACAGAUCAUUGAUAUGCAUUUCACUCACACUGGUGAAUCUCAGAGAAUGUAUCUCUUCACAUACUGUAUAUUUCCCAGAGCGAACAGACUUGUUUUGAAGAUCCUUUAAAAUACUCCAUUGUUCAUUAUUAUCACGCAGCUACAAACUGCUUUUCAUUUUAUUCGACAAAUCCCAUGGUUUAGCCUGCCUGUUAUCAGACAGCUACAAACUGCUUUUCGUUUUAUUUGACAAAUCCCAUGGUUUAGCCUGCCUGUUAUCAGACAGCUACAAACUGCUUUUCGUUUUAUUUGACAAAUCCCAUGGUUUAGCCUGCCUGUUAUCAGACAGCUACAAACUGCUUUUCGUUUUAUUUGACAAAUCCCAUGGUUUAGCCUGCCUGUUAUCAGACAGCUACAAACUGCUUUUCGUUUUAUUUGACAAAUCCCAUGGUUUAGCCUGCCUGUUAUCAGACAGCUACAAACUGCUUUUCGUUUUAUUCGACAAAUCCCAUGGUUUAGCCUGCCUGUUAUCAGACAGCUACAAACUGCUUUUCGUUUUAUUUGACAAAUCCCAUGGUUUAGCCUGCCUGUUAUCAGACAGCUACAAACUGCUUUUCGUUUUAUUUGACAAAUCCCAUGGUUUAGCCUGCCUGUUAUCAGACAGCUGCAAACUGCUUUUCGUUUUAUUUGACAAAUCCCAUGGUUUAGCCUGCCUGUUAUCAGACAGCUGCAAACUGCUUUUCGUUUUAUUUGACAAAUCCCAUGGUUUAGCCUGCCUGUUAUCAGACAGCUACAAACUGCUUUUCGUUUUAUUUGACAAAUCCCAUGGUUUAGCCUGCCUGUUAUCAGACAGCUACAAACUACUUUUCGUUUUAUUUGACAAAUCCCAUGGUUUAGCCUGCCUGUUAUCAGACAGCUGCAAACUGCUUUUCGUUUUAUUUGACAAAUCCCAUGGUUUAGCCUGCCUGUUAUCAGGCAGAUAUAAGAUUGAUAUGUUUCAAUGAUUCAUUUUCCAGACAUGAUUAAUCUUCUCCUGUCUAUGUAAAAACGUCAUUUCUAUUUUGCAUACUGUCUAUCCACCAUUCUAUAUUACCCGUUCAAGUAGCAGUCUUGUGUGACAAUAAAAGGAGGAACUCUCUACGACCUUCUCCUAAAUCUAUGGGUUUAUAAUACUCUGUCAUGUUCUCCAGUGUACAUCAUGACAUUAAAGAAGUUGAAGUGAAGUUUCAA